AUGACCGUUGGUGAAGCCCAGGACUUUUCUCGCUUCUUCUCUGCUGAAGCAAAGGCACGUAAGUCGUCGCCUCUCAAGACAUGUAUCCAUCUUUUCCAAGACCCAAACAUCACCUUUUUGGGCGGUGGUUUGCCCUUGAGUAAGUACUUCCCAUGGGACAAUUUGAAAGUCGAGUCGCCAUUGCCUCCUUUCAAAAACGGCAUUGGCCAUCCACCUUCUGGUGACGCUGAAGACACCUGCCUCGUCCACGUUCGCAGAGACGAGACCACCAAGGCCGGCGACACUAUCGACGUUCCUCUGUCGCGUGCUUUGCAGUACGGUCACAGUCAAGGCCAGCCUGAAGUCCUGUCCUUCGUGAGAGAACACACUGGACUCGUCCACGACAUGAAAUACUCGGACUGGGACGUCAUGGCCACAACCGGUAACACUGGGGCUUGGGAAUCCACUCUCAGAAUCUUCUGUGAAAAGGGAGACACCAUCUUGACUGAACAGCACACUUUCUCAUCCUCCAUCUACGCCGCAGAGGCUCAAGGCAUCAACGUCUUUCCUGUGCCGCUAGACGACAAUGGGAUCAUCCCAGAAAGAUUGGAAUAUAUUUUGGACAACUGGAACCCAGAGGCUAAGAAGCCUAAACUGUUGUACACUAUUCCUACCGGCCAAAACCCAACCGGUUCGUCCUUGAGCGACGACCGCAAGGCCGAAAUUUACCGCAUUGCUCAAAAACAUGACUUCCUAAUCCUGGAAGACGAGCCAUACUACUUCUUGCAGAUGGACAAGUACGAACAAGACGUGUCGAAGAGAAAGACUACUACUUUCGACUCUCACGCAGACUUCAUCGCCUCGCUAACCAAGUCUUUCAUCUCCUUGGACACCGAGGGUCGUGUCAUUAGAGCGGACUCCUUCUCCAAGGUCUUGGGACCUGGUACUAGACUGGGAUGGAUCGUCGCUUCCAAGCAGAUUGUGAGCACCUACGUUCGUUUGCAUGAAAUGACCAUUCAAAACCCAUCUGGUUUCAGUCAGUCUAUUGUCGGUGGUACUUUGAACCGUUGGGGCCAAGACGGAUACUUGGACUGGUUGAUCGGUCUGCGUGUUGAGUACAACGAAAAGCGUGAUGUUGCCAUUGACGCUCUUCACAAGUACCUUCCAGAAACCCCAAUUUUCCACGUCAACCCUCCUAUUGCCGGGAUGUUCUUCACUAUUAGCAUCGACACCUCUAAGCAUCCAGAGUUUGCUAGCAAGUACCUAUCCAAACCAGAGCUUGUAGAACAAGCUAUCUACGAGAAGAUGAUUGAGAGCGGAGUUUUGAUUGUUCCAGGUGCAUGGUUCAAGGCUGAUGGUGACACGCAACCACCGCAGCCGGCUGAAAACAAAAAGGAGCUAGACCCAACUCGUAUUUUUUUCAGAGGUACUUUUGCCGCUGUUCCUUUGGACAAACUACAAGAAGGUAUCAAGAAGGUUGGUGUCGCUCUCAAGCAAGAGUUCCAGCUUUAA